UAUGGACCGUACUGCCCCUCCAGCUUCCAUGGAGUUGCAGGCAAGCCAGUCCUGUGGGGGGGUGAGCCCACUACCCAUGCAGCAGCCGAGGUCCACCUGUGGAAGAAGAUCCAGGAGUUCUUCAGAACUCACAAGAAAUGGCCUCCCAAGUCAGAUUGAGGCUGCUGCCACAUGCCAGGUGUUUAUUUGACGAGCCCAUUCAGGUGAAGGUCGCUGGGUUGAGGUCGAAGCAGAUGGUCACCAUGAAAGCCAGGUCCACCGAUGAGCGAGGAGUUGUGUUCAGCUCCUCGGCCACCUACAGAGCUGAUGGCAGCGGAGAGAUUGACCUAGACAGAGACCCCUCACUCAGUGGGAGCUAUGCUGGAGUAGAACCUAUGGGUCUGCUGAGGUCACUGAAGGCGGACACCUUGCACCAAUACUUUUUUAAGAACAAAGCUUUAGACCCUUUCACUGUGAAGUUCUCUGUACAUGAGGAAGAGGGCAGGGUGCUGGCAGAGGCAACUAAUGAGAGGAUUCUGAUGGGAAAUGGGGCGAGUCGGGUUUCUGUCAAAGAGGGGAACAUUCGUGGAGUGCUCUUUAUUCCUCCAGGAGAGGGUCCGUUUCCUGCUGUAAUGGAUCUGUGCACCUUCAUGUCUGAGAAAAGACCCAGUCUUCUGGCCAAUAAAGGCUUUGUAGUUCUUGCAGUACCUGUGUUCAGUGACAAGCCUGGCAACUUCGAAAAGAUGCACCUGGAUCACUUUGAAGAAGCAGUGCAGUUCUUACAACAACUGCCUCAGGUGGGCGGUAAAGGAGUUGGCGUGAUAUCAAGAUCAAAGGGAGGAGAUAUCGCGCUUUCACUUGCUGCUUUUGUGCCAGGUGUCAAAGCUGUAGUUUGGAUCAAUGGUUGCAGCGCCAACGUUGGCAUUCCCCUCUACUACAAGAAACAACAGAUCCUCUCUCCAUUAAUGUUUAACUUGAAUAAGAUGAUUCCCACUGAGUCAGAUGCAAAUAUAAUCAAGUAUGCUGUUCAUAAUCCUCUGGAGGAGGAAAACAAGGGAAGUCUGGUCCCCAUCGAACACUCCAUGGCACAUUUCCUUUUUGUGGCCUCAGAGGACGACCUGAACUGGGACAGCAAGGGGUAUAUGGAUGAGAUGGUUGAGAGACUGAAGCGUCAUGGAAAGAAAAACUUUGACAGUGUGUGCUACCCUGCAGCUGGACACUUACUGGAACCACCUUACGGACCACACUGUCCGUCAGCUUUACAUGGGGUGGUGAACUUCCCCGUUAUUUGGGGAGGUGAACCCAAGGCCCAUGCAAAAGCUGAAGUCCACCUGUGGAAAAAGCUACAGGAGUUUUUAAGAAGUCACCUGAGCUGUGAUGCUACAGAGACUAAAUCUAAAAUGUAGUUAUAGAUAAAUGAAAGAAUUUGAGCAGAUACUUGUGUAAUUAUGAACGACUGCUCAGAGUUUUGUAAUUAAUACGUUUUUGAUGGUGCAGAAAGGUUGUUUUUUCCUGUUCUAUUAACAAUAUUUAGAAGAUAAAAAUAAAAUAUCCACCUUAC